AUGGCGCCACCGACAUCUCGCGAUAUGGCCCUAGCGGUCUUGAUCCCAUUACCAUUCGACAUUGUAUCGACCAUCUUACGGUUCUGGAUCCGUUACAAAAGGAAAGCAUGGGGACCAGAUGACUGGGCUAUGUUGAUCAACUUGCCGUUCUGGUCGGUGAGUACCAUAGCCACAAUCGCUAUGGCUUGGAGUGGCGUUGGUCAGUAUGAUGGCUCGUUGAGCGAGUAUCAAUACUCUAAUUCUUUAAUGUGGUUCUACAUUUUCCAAGAGCCGUGGUGCUUCACUCUCAUCGCGAUCAAGUGCAGCAUCGGAUUUGCCUUGAUUCGAAUCGCAAGCGGCAAGAAAUGGAUCGAGAUGAACUGGUAUGUUAAUAUGCCAGGGGCAUGUAAAGAGCGCACUAUUCAGACGGCACUUUCGUACGCCGUCGCCGUAGUGUCGAUAUCAACGGACUGGAUCUUUGCGACCCUACCCAUAUUCCUGCUUUGGGAUGUACAACUAGACUGGCGAGUCAAAAGCUCCGUGAUAGCCAUGCUUGGUCUAGGAGUCUUCGCCUCCAUUGCUCCAAUCGUGCGUCUUAAGUUUCUCAUCGGCUUAAACGAUCCGAACAGGCUUCUACAGAAUCUCGGCGAGAUCCUCGCCUGGGCUUGCGCUGAGAUGAAUGUCGGCAUGUUUGUCGCCAAUCUGCCCGCCUGCCGUCCCAUACUCACCAAUCUCAUCUCGCACUUUUCGUCUUCGUUCCGAAGCCGGUCUGGACCUUCACACAAUUAUGGCUCGUCGAAGAAGCCAUAUGCCCGUGGCUCACUGCGUGGUGGCGAUCCCGCAUCGAAACACUGGAUGGAGCUUGACGAGCGACCAGAGAGCACUGGACUGAACAACCAUUUGGGCAACAAAUCCAAGGAUGUGGGUGUCGAGACGAAAAUCUAUGGUUAGUAAGGUCGCCGGACAAACUGCGUGUGAGACGCCUACUGACAUCUUACUCCAACUUUCAGGUGACUUGGAUGAAAUCAGCAAUAUAAGCUCUGAACGUGAUGAUGGAAGCCAGAAGCGUAUUGUUAACAAGCGACCAAGUGGCGAUGGCAUUCAGGUUAACGUUCAGAAAGACUUCAAAGUCGAGAUCACUAGCGGGAAGCAGUUACCACCGUUGCCUAGGCUGCCGUCGGAACCAGUCUGAGCCGUGGAUAUUG